GUCGUCCUAAUACCAGCUCGCAGUUAGCCACUGGACUGCCUUCCACUAUUUCUUGCUCUGCUAAUUAUCGAGACGAUGGCAGAUUGACGACAUGGACGUAUGAACUACUCGGACAGCGUGGCAACGUCGUCAGCAGCUUCGGAUUGUCAUAGAGCUGGAUUAGAUUCAGGCGGAAAGAGAGCUGCUGCUCACAUCAAGCAGCAGGGAGCAAAGGAAGUUUUGGGGGAGCGCUCGAUGAACAAGCAAGAGAACAUUCCUGACAUCGCCGAGGAUGGUAAGUGUGGAGGCUCAUCAGGUACGCCGAACCGAAUGGCAAGCGAUGGAGGGCGGGAGGAAGUGGAGUGUGCUAAGGGGGCGGAAGGGGAAGAUAACGACAACAGCAGUGGCACCCAGGAGAGGGACAAUGCAUGGCAGGUUCCAGCAGAACGGGGAACGAAUGUUGGGAAGGCCGAAAUUGUGCCAUCGGAAACAUCUAUGGCUAUCAUGAUCAAGGGCGAGGAGCUGCGUGGGAUGCUUGACCGUGAUGUUCACAGCUGCGUGUUCUGUGACAUCGCACGUGGUCGCAGGAGAGCCUGCAAGCUUCAUGAAGAUGAUGUUUGUAUUUGCUUCCUGGAUAAGGACCCUCUUGCACCAGGUCAUGCUCUGAUUAUACCAAAGGGCCAUUUCUCUUCCCUGAGAACAACGCCCGCUGAAGUGGCAGCAGCAAUGUGCGCACUCGUUCCUAGGUUGAGCACUGCCAUUCUUGAGGCCACUGGGUGCGAUUCUUUUAACUUGCUCGUGAAUAGCGGCAGUAACGCCGGUCAGGUCGUGUUCCAUAUGCAUUUUCACAUCAUCCCGCGGCAGAAGGGUGAUGGACUCUGGCAAUCCGAGGCUACCUUCCGAAGACCCCUGGGGAAAAGCUAUAAUGCCGAGGAACUGGCAGCAAUGAUUUGCCGGAAGCUCAUGGUGAGGACCAAUGCAUCAAGACUAAAUCGUGCCACUCCAGGAUCUGGAAAGCAUGACAAGGGAGGACCAGAGGAGGAGCAGGAGGACGACAACGACGAGGAGGAGGAAAGGAAGGGGCAAGAGGAGGAGGAGCAGGAGCAGCAGGAGGGGCAAGAGGAGGAGCAGGAGGGGCAAGAGGAGGAAGAGGAGGAGGAGGAGGAGGAGCAGGAGCAGGAGGAGCAGGAGCAGGAGGAGCAGACGAAGAGGCAAGAGGAGGAGGAGAGGAAAGGGCAAGAGGAGGAGGAGCAGGAGGAGGAGCAGGAAGAGCGACAGGAGGGGCAAGAGGAGGAAGAGGAGGAGGAGAAGCAGGGGCAAGAGGAGGAGGAAGACGUGGAGGGGGAGGGGGAGGAGGCGGAGGACGUAAUCAUCGGGGGGGUGCGAUAAAGGGGGAGAACGAUAACCGGUUCAUGCGAUUUCUAAGCAGAG